AUCUUUGUCCGCGGGAACUAAGAUGAUGAAGAAGGCUAGCUUCAACUCAAAACUCAAGCUCUCUCUCCCUCCUCCCGAAUCCUUGACCAAAUUCCUAACUGAAAGCGGGACCUUCCAGGUGGGUGAUCUGCUGGUCAAUAAGGAUGGAGUACGAAUUGUCUCUGAAAGUGAAACUGAAGUUCCACCCCCAAUUAAGCCCUCAGAUAACCAGUUGAGUUUGGAAGACAUGGACGUAAUUAAAGUGGUGGGGAAGGGAAAUGGUGGAGUUGUGCAAUUGGUGCAACACAAAUGGACUAGUCAGUUUUUUGCAUUGAAGGUCAUUCAAAUGAACAUUGAGGAGCAAGCACGAACUGCACUGGCACAGGAAUUGAAAAUAAAUCAAUCCUCUCAGUGUCCAUAUGUUGUUGUGUGCUACCAGUCUUUCUAUAAAAAUGGUGUUAUUUCUAUCGUCUUGGAGUAUAUGGAUGGAGGAUCCCUGUUAGAUUUUCUGAAAAAAGUAAAAACGAUUCCUGAACCAUAUCUUGCUGCAAUAUGUAAGCAGGUUCUUAAAGGAUUGGCUUAUCUUCAUCGGGAAAAACACAUUAUCCACAGAGACUUAAAACCUUCUAAUUUGUUGAUAAACCAUAGAGGUGAAGUCAAGAUCACUGAUUUUGGUGUAAGUCGUAUACUGACAAGCACAUUUGGACAGGCUAACACUUUUGUUGGCACAUACAACUAUAUGUCUCCAGAGAGAAUUAGUGGAGGCAAGUAUGACAGCAAAAGUGACAUUUGGAGCCUGGGGGUAGUUCUGCUCGAGUGUGCAACUGGUCAAUUUCCAUAUUCCCCACCAGAGGAAGAAGGAUGGACUAAUUUUUAUGAGCUUAUGGUAGCAGUUGUCGACCAACCACCACCUUGUGCACCUUCUGAUCAAUUUUCUCCACAGUUUUGCUCGUUUAUCUCAGCAUGUGUACAGAAGGAUCCAAAGGUCAGGCAGUCAGCACUCAAACUUUUGGAACAUCCUUUUGUGAACAUGUACGAUGACUUGGAUGUGGACCUGUCAUCCUACUUCACCGACGUUGGAUCUCCACUUGCUUCCCUUUAGAGCUUAUUUGGUAGGCCUACUUGCAUGGAUGGUUGUCUUACUUUUCUUGCGUCAACCCCUUCUAGAGUUACUCCAAUACAAUUUUAGGAGUUUCCCUUUUCAAUUGAAAUUCCAGUCAUCUGCUUUGAUGUAGCAUCAAUACUAAGAUCUUGUCCACUAAGCUGUUCAAGAAUUUGUUCUUAAUGUGAUGAAAUGGAAUAUUUUUUUCUCUUUCCUUUUAUUUUUGUAGCUGAAACAUAAUUUUAGUCCACAUUUCCUUCUCCAAAUUUCAUUUUAAUGCAAGAAAUGCUUGUUUUUGUAAACCAAAAAGGAUGUUAAAAAAGGGGGGAAAUUGUAAGGAUGAUGAAACUUGUGAGAAAUUCUUAGAAAUAUGAAGUUUUAUGUCAAAUGAUGCAAGCUACACAAUUAGCUAAAUUCAAUAAAUAGUUUAUUAACCA